AUGAGCGCUGGCAACAUCUUCGUGACUGGAGGAGUGGGGUUUAUCGGCAGCCACACGGUGCUGGUGCUGCUGGAGCACGACUUCCGUGUGGUCAUUUUGGACAACCUGGACAACAGCUUUCAAAAGGCCUACGACCGCAUGGUGGAGCUGGCUGGCGACAAGGCGGGCAAUAUGAAGUUCAUCCAGGGCGACCUGCGGCACAUGGAGGACCUGGAGAAAGUGUUUGAGGCGGACAAGUUUGAGUGCGUGAUCCACUUUGCGGGGCGCAAGUACGUGAACGAGAGCGUGGAGAACCCGCUGCGCUACUACGACCACAACGUGCUGGGCACGAUCAACCUGUGCAAGGCCAUGAACAAGUAUGGCUGCAAGAACAUCGUCUUCUCCUCCUCCUGCACCGUGUACGGCAACCCGCAGUACGUGCCCAUCGACGAGGCGCACCCGCUCAAGGCUGUGAGCCCCUACGGCAACACCAAGCUGAUCAUCGAGGACAUCCUGCGGGAUGUGUCGGCCUCUGACCCCGAGUGGCGCAUCAUCCUGCUGCGCUACUUCAACCCCGUGGGCGCGCACCCCUCGGGCAAGAUUGGGGAGCACCAGGUGAUGCUGAACAACCUGAUGCCCUGGGUGCAGAACGUGGCGCUGGGCCACCGCCCCGUGCUGAAUGUGUAUGGCACCGACUACGACACGCGGGAUGGCACCUGUGUGCGCGACUACAUCCACGUGCAGGACCUGGGCGAGGGCCACGUGGCGGCUGUGAAGAAGGUGCUGGGCACACCCGACAUCCGCUGCGUGCCGUACAACCUUGGCACCGGCACCGGCACCACGGUGCUGGAGAUGGUGCACGCGUUUGAGGAGGCCAGCGGCCUCAAGGUGCCGGUCAACCUCACGGGGCGGCGGCCGGGCGACGCCAAGGCGGUGUGGGCGGCCACCGAGACGGCGGAGCGGGAGCUGGGGUGGCGGGUCAAGCUGACGGUGAAGGAUAUGUGCCGCGACCAGUGGGCCUGGGCCUCGCAGAACCCGGCGGGCUACCUGACGGGGGCCAGCGAGGAGGAGCUCAAGAUUGCCAAGGAGAAGGGACUGCUCUAGGGCGGGGAGGCGGCCGGCUGGCGGCCACACGCUGAACGUCCCACGCCGGCGCCUGCUUUCUUGCAUGCGCUUCUCUCUCCCCUGCCUCAUUCUUUCUUCCUCAGCACUGUGACCUCUCCUCCCCGUGCAUGCAACCCCAUUGGGCGCCUGCUUUUUGCAACACGACACAUG